CCUGGUCUACUCAUGAAUGAUGUUAAGGGUCUACUGGCAAGUAAGAAUGGAAGGCCUACUCACAAGUAAGGGAAGAAGGUAUAGUACGCCUUCCAUCUUAAUGAGUCCUAGUGAGGUGGUCACUUUGCGGGCAAAUUUCAGCAUCCACUGUAAAUGUGAAGACUUAGAAUGGGAAGAGUCAAGACUGUACCAAAUGCGUUCAUCUUUGCGCAUAUUGAAAAUGUACAGAAGAGAAGAGAAUGAAACUGUAUUUCCCAUUUUUGGAGCGAAACCAUCAGAUGCGGGGAUCUACUGGUGUCAAUAUUGCUCAGUCCUACCAACCAAUAUAUCAGAGGACAAACUAGUCAAUAACUCAAAGUGCCAAAAAGGCAAAAAAUUAAAUUACCAACCAGCAAACCAGACAAGAUGCUCAUAUGACAGUAAGAACCUAACAAUCAACAUAAUAGAUUCCAGUCUCCCCAAACCCUCCUUCAAGAUGAGAUCCAUGGAACAGGUUUCUUCAGGCAUGAAUUUCGUCAUUAAGUGCCAGGGUCCAAAUAAGGGUCUUAACUUCUCCCUGCACAAAUCAAGGGACCUGAUAAAGGAACUGCUAGAGCAAGACAGAGACACCGCUGAGUUUACUUUUUCUGCAGUGCGUUUGGAAGAUGCAGGGAAAUAUACCUUUCAGUACCAGCACACAAGAUAUCCCUUUGUCUGGUCUGUGCCAAGUGAGCCGAUGGAACUGUAUGUGACUGAUUCCACACUCACCAAACCUUCCAUCCACCUGUGGCCUGAAGGACCACAUACUGUGGACUCGAAUGUCACCAUCGAGUGCCAGGGGCCAGAGAACGGUCUGAACUUCUCCCUGUUCCAAUCAAACGAUGUAAGAACAUCAGAGAGCAUAGACUUGGUUGGAAACACAACUAAGUUCUUUUUCCGUGUAUUGAGAUUGGAGGAUGCAGGAAACUACACCUGUCAGUAUCACCAGAGAGGAAAUUGGUUUGUACUGUCAGUGCCAAGUGAGGCCAUGCAACUGAUUGUGACAGCUCCCUUAAUUCUGGUGAACAAAAUCCGUCUGGGAGUGGCUAGCUUGGUCUUGAUUGCUUUGGGGCUGAUCAUCACUGAGGCUGUGUACAGCUGGAGAAGAGAGGCUGCAGAUGAUCCUGAACCAGCGUCAGAGUCCCUUCAGCCAAGCACCUCCCAUGAAGCCACUGAGAUCACGGAAAUGAUGUCAUGAAAAUCAGUUUCCCUUCUGAACAAAGCACAGUGUUUCUCUUUUUAGUCACCCCAGGCCUUCUUUUUGUCCUGUGGCAGCAUCCAGGAAUCUUUGUGUGGACAGAAAUGGCCUUGUAUGAAGACUCACUACCAAACCUUGCAGGGCUACAGCUGCAGAUAUCUCCACAGAUCCAAAGUUCUCCCUGGCCUGCCACUCCCACUGGUCUGCUUGCCUCCUGCUUCAUGUGGUCCAUGAUGUCUUGGUCUCUAUCCUGUCUAGAACUGGGCCCAGACCUGAUCCUGUACAACAGUGCUCCCUGUAACAGGGAUUCUCAGAUACUGUUGACUACAACUCACGUAACCCCCAGCCAAAGAUCACUGCAGUGGCGGGUGAUAGGAAUUACAGUCAACAAUAUCUCGAAAUCCCUGUUACAGGGAACACUGCUGUCCGGUACCAACCCGCCUCUGCAGCUCUGAAGAUGCUGUCCUAUAUGGAUCUGGGGUGAGUGUGUGUAUGACAGAGCCUCUCCUAAAACUGGCCACAGGAGGGCUGAGCCCUGCCCCAGAUGAUCAUGCAAAAAAGCCUCAUGGAUAAAGGAAAGGGAGCUGUGCAGCCCAUAAUUUAGAAUACAGCAGCCAGCUGCUCACUUUGUGUCGCUUGAGAGCAGAGUUUAGCUGUGGAAGGAGCUGAGCUGAGAGGAGCUUGUGUGUGUGUGUGUGUGUGUGUGUGUGUGGAGAGAGAGAGAGAUAUGAGUUUUUCAGAAUGGAAAGGCCAAUCCUUGAACAGAGAGAUUCUAAUUCUUUUACUAUUCUUCAUUAUUUGUGAACAAUUGGGAUCCCUUUUGAAUUUAGUUUGUCAUCUAUUAGUCUUAUUUACAGCCUGUUGUCACCUUUUGAAAGAGCAGAAUUAGAGCCUAAUUGCUUUUUACUUAGCAUAAGUAAUCUCUACUGAGGCUUACUGAGUAGGGCAUAAGCCCUCCUGAGUUAAGUGGGACUCGCUCUCAGAUAAAUGUGCAUAAAAUAUCUGCUAAUUAAAUGAUGGCUAAAAUAGCGUUGCCUGCAGGAAGGAAGCAAGGUAGGUUCUGAAUGUUCAUGCAUGCACCCAUGCACACAAGGGGGGAAAGUAAUGCAAACAAAAAGAAACCCCAGGGUAGUUAAAAAGUCUCUGUCAGAAGCCAAAUGUGAGAAGACAUCUGUCUCUAAUGCAGUGA